AUGGAAGGGCCUAAAGUUUUGACAUUUGGUUCUAUCAAUAUUGACGAGUUUUUCGAAGUUCCUCAUAUAGUUUCAAGUGGAGAAACUAUAACGAGCAGUAAAUAUUCUCAAAAAGCUGGAGGAAAAGGUGCAAAUCAAUCAGUUGCUUUAGCAAAGGCGGGUGCAUUCGUAUGGCAUGCAGGGAAAAUCGGACGUGAUGGCACAUGGAUCAAGGAAUAUAUGAAAGAAUUUGGAGUUAAGGUGGAUCAUAUAAUUAUUUCGGAAGAUCAGCCAACGGGACGCGCUUUUAUCCAAAUUUCUCAAGAAACGCGAGAUAAUUCUAUUGUUCUUCUUCCAGGAACAAAUCACAUGAUUAGUUUGAACGAAGCAAGUAAAAUUUUAGACCGGGAAUUUGGAAUAGGAGAUUGGGUUAUUAUGCAAAAUGAAAUUGGACAAAUUGGAGGCGAAAUUUUAAAACUCUGCAAGGAAAAAGGGCUCACGAUUGUUUUCAAUCCAGCACCAAUUUCUGAAAAUAUCAUCACAGUAUUUUCAUUUAAUCUCGUAGAUUAUUUAAUCGUUAAUAAAUUAGAAGCUUUUCAGCUUUAUAAACAAAUAAGUGAAUCGAAUUGCGAUGACAAAAAUAUUUCUGCACAGGAUUUACUUACAUUUAUAUCAAAUGAGUAUCAACAACUUAUUGGAAUAAUCAUCACUUUCGGAAGUGAAGGACUAUACGCGUGGUAUAGACCAGAACAUAGAAUGUUUAACCUUCCUGCAUUUAAAACGGAAGUUUUGGAUACGACAGGGGCAGGCGAUACAUUUGCAGGAUAUUUUAUAACUUGUAUAGUUCGAGAACUUAAAUGUAGGAAAAAUGAUGGAUCCAUUCCUAUCACAGAUGUCAAUUCUUCUAUGAAUUUACCAACAGCGGAAGGUUUUCUAAAUGCAUUGAAAGAGGCUACCGUCGCAGCAGGUCUGACUGUUAGUAGACUUGGUGCAAUGGAAAGUAUUCCUUCAUUUAGUGAUGUUCAAAGAAACAAAACCAUUUUUGAUAUUGAACUACAGAAAAGAAAAAUUAUGUGA